AAUUGUUAAAUUAAAAAAAUAUGAAUGUGAGCGCGCUUUAGGCACCAAUAAUAUUAUAAUAGUUACAUAUUUACAUUACAAUUAGGUUACCAUUACAUGUUGAUGAUUUGUGAUUAAUGCGAAUUUAUAUUUCAUUUGUAUUAAAUAUAUAUAAUUUUAAUAGUAACGCAAUACUCUGAUAUAAAAAGUCAUUAAUUUAUUAUUUGUAUUUUGAUGAGGAAGCUGAUGUCCAAUUUAAAAUGACAGUCUGUGUAAUCCUCUUACUUGUUUAAUCCCAAGGCGAGAAUUUUUAUUAAUUGUUUAAGUCAUGCCAGAACAAGAAAAGGAUUUUUACCGAGACACUUGGGUCCGAUAUUUAGGGUACGCUAAUGAAGUUGGUGAGUCGUUCCGAUCCCUGGUUUCAGUCAAGGUAGUACGAGCUAGCUAUGCUGUGGCAUUUGCUUAUGUACUCGCUGACACUGGGGAUAAAAGUUGGAAAAUGUUAAGAAAAGAUGGCCGAUUUAAAAACGUCCUAGUAGAAACAGGUGAUGCGCUUAUAUGGCAGACCUUGGCAUCCGUCGCCAUUCCAGGCUUCGUUAUAAAUAGAAUAUGUGCCUUCACUCAGAAUUAUCUACAGAAGAAUGUAAGUAAAAUACCACCAAAACCUAGAAGUUUGAUCACGGUGGCAGUGGGACUUGCCUCCAUCCCCAUCAUCGUUAAGCCAAUAGACAUGAGUGUGACCAUGCUCAUGAACCUUACUUACCGGCGGUUGGUGAAAGCAUAGACAAUGGUCAUGAAUUUUUCUGUUUUGCAAUAACUUGCUCAAAUAUGCAUGGUGUUCGCAGUCAAGGCUCAUAUUAUAUUUUUUAGGUCAAUAAGUAUUUUAUUUGACCAAUUUUAUAGAUACUCAAAGUUUGCCAUUGUGAUGUAAUCGGGCUUAUAAUUUAUCACUUUGUUUAGAAGGUAUUUGAUUAAAUACAAAUUUAUCUCUUUACGUAAUCAUUCAUUUGAGAUUUGAAGAAGAAGACACAGCAUUCUUUCACUAAUCACCUCAUAAAUAACAAGAAGUGUUUUCAAGUGAAAAACCAUAGACGUCAUGUAAUAAAUAAUAAUAACUUAAAUACCAGAUAAUAGUCUUAUUAAAGCAUAAUAAUUAAUAUGGUAAUAAUUCUAGUAGGCUUUUGGAAGAUGUUUUUUUAUUCGUUAUUGUACAAAUUUUUACGUCAAUUAAACGCGAAACUGCCACGAUUACUAUGUAAGCUUGCAGCUUAUGCUAGGAUUUAGUAUGAAAAUGAUAGGACUACAACUUUGUCUUCUCGAAUUGCUGGCGAAUAGUCUGUAAUUUGCUUAUACCUGGUUAUCCAGGGGGUUAAGGCAGCUAUUUCGAACAUCAAUUGUUAAUUACGUGAUAAAUCAAAUACAUUUUGGCCUUUCGACAAAAAAAAACGACAAUCGAUCUGUGACUGCCUAGGUCCGUUGUCUAGGUUUUGCUACAGAUUGCGCAACACUAGUUUCAACUGGGCAAGAAGAAGAUCGUAUACAAAAGGGUCGCUGAAGAUGUAUACAAUUUAGAUGACGAUGCAAAAGCUAGAGGAUCAAAUGAGAAAUAACGCGCCAAUACUUGGCAGAGUAAGACAGAAUUGGAGAUAGUUAGACGUCAAAAGACAAUGUUUACAAAUGAUUAUUUUCAUCGAUUUUAUAAAUCUUAAUUAAUAAAUGUUAAUGGGGUAUUAUAUCUUUGAAAAAGUACUUCAAAAUGUUGAUUUUCCUAAUAAAAAGCUACAAAAAAUAAAUUUCGAGUAAACACGUUUUCUUGUCAUGAAAUUUAAUUAAAUUUUAAACCAAUUGUAUUCCCGCUAAAAAGCUGUCAGUCAUUUUGGUGACGUAAUAUUGGUAGAACCAAUAGUUGUCUAUGUACAACCGUCACUUAUUCAACGUUAACAGCCAUAAAUAUUUUACAUUUAGUGUUAUUUUGGAUAUAAUUAAUUACAAUAGCUGAAAUUGAUAUGUAGUAUCUAGUUGUACAAAUUCUUGCACUAAAACUCCAGAAAAAUCGUUCAUCUAAGUGCCAGAUAAUAUUGCAAUGACAGUUUUAGGUCACGUGAUAGACAAAUAAAAAAUUACGACUUUUAAUUUUAAUGUAAUAGAACAAUAAUGUGCUUAUAUGAUUCAAAAUCAGAAUAUUCAAGUAUAUUUCUACAUAUAUUUUAAUUUUCAUCAAAUUUCAUAUAUUUUUUUUCACUACCGAAAGUACCCCAUUUCUGGUUAUGCCCUCUAGCCAAAGUUGCGUUAUUUUGUCAAACAUUUCGCUAGAUACUUCGCGUAAUGUCCCGUAUGAUAUUUCUCUAUUCCUUCUCCAUUACGAUUUAUGUUUAAAUAUAUCAAAUAGUAUAAAUGCAAGCAAAUCAGUAAUAGUAAACCCGUUUUAAUUAAAUUCGACCUUGAAAAUGAUAUGUAGUAAUAAUUAUUUCGCGUGCCUGAUUGGUUGACCAAGGCCAUGAGAAUCAUAACUGACUUAGUGCUAAAAGAGGAAGACCCACGUGAUAACAGUUCAGUGGCUAAUGUAGUAUAGUGGUUCUUAAAUUAUCCGUUAUACUGAGGCUGUUAAUUUAAUGCCUUCAAUAUAAGAUAAGAAACGGGUGUACGGGUAGGGUCGGUUCUUGUUUGAUAAGUCUGGAAUUCCAUUUAUAUAUUUUUGACUUAAGAUUUCUUCAGCUAAGCCUUUUAUACUCUUCGGGUAAACACAACGUUAGCGUGAUUCAGGAUUGCGAAUUUAACGUUUCUAUAAUUAAUUAAUUAGCUUGCGAAUUCUUGCCUUUAACUAAACUAUUAAUUAAGUUUA